GGAGAGCAUGGCGGGGGGGGGCGGAUGCUGAAGCCGGUCUCGGCGGGAUCUGGGGCAGCAGCUGCUAGGCGGGGAGGGAGCCCAGCAGGCAGCUGGGUCGGAGCGAAGCGGGGCGGCCGCUGCGCCUUCACUUGCCCGGGCGGGCGGCGUCUCCUCCAGCGACUCCUGGCUCCCUCUCGCCUCUCCUGGGGCCGCCUCUGCCUGCCUCCCUCCUGGCACCCCCCGCAGGGCCUUCGUGUCCCCAGACCCACCUCAGUGCGGCGGCGGGCGGGGGGGGGGAGCCCUGCAGGCGGGCAGGCGGGCAGGCAGCCUCCUGGGCUGUGCAGGGAAGGAGACCAGGCCUGGGCAGGAACGGGGCGCACAGGCAGCAGCCGCCGCCGCCGGGCUCGGGGCCAGAGGCGGAGCCGCGCCCUCUGCCCAGCCCAGGCUUGCCAGCCCAGCCUCCGCCGCCACCAUGCGCGGCGUCUGGGGCCCUCAGAGCGGCUGCUGCUGCUGCUGCUGCUGCCGCCCCCCCCCUCCAGAGGGGCUCGUUUGCCCCCUCCUUGGCUGUGUCUCAAUAGGGCUCCCAAGUGGCUGAGGGGGGCAAGCGCUGCAAGGUGUGCUUUGCUCUUUGCAGGCCAGUGGCGAGGACUUCAUUCCUGCCCCCCCCCCCCGCUGAGGAGAGGGCCUGAUCCAGACAAGCCCUGCCCAAGGAGCUGCAGCUUGCAGACCGCAGCCGCGGCAGACAGGAGCCCGCCACGCAGGACUCUUCCGGUGCUUCGGAGCCUUACGACGUUUGCUUGCAACCUGGAAGCCAUGCCGGGCAUUCAAGGGGAUCUUCCGUAUCUCAUGAAAUGCCUUGAGAGGCCUCUUUGCAGGGCUGGAGUCCAGCAUGCUUCCCCACCCCCAGAACCUGCGAAACCUGUUUCAUCCGAGGGGAAAGGAAGAUGGAGGAGGACCCGGCUGCAGCCCCCUCGGAAGUGAUGAUCUGUCUCCACUCCAGCCUUCUGUUUCUUUUUCGAUUGUGAGCCCUUCGGGGACAGGCGACCAUCUUAUUGAUGUGCAACUUAUUUUCCUAUGUAAACCAUUUUGAGAACUUUGGUUGAAGAGCAGUACAUAAAUAUCCGGCAUGGUCUGA